AUGGGAUCUGACGCUGACGGUUCUCCAGUGAAGAGGAGAUGGUACCAAUGGUACUCGGCCGAGGACAGUCCAGAGGAGAGGAAGCUGGUGCUCAAGCUGGACCUCCUGAUCGUGCCUUAUGCCUUUAUUGUGUACUGGAUCAAGUACAUAGAUCAGACUAACAUCAACAAUGCCUACGCCUCGGGCAUGUCAAGCGAUCUCAACUUUACCGGCAACCAGCUCGUCCAGUUCCAGACCAUCUUCUACGUCGGGAACGUAGUCGGCCUCCUCCCCUUCAUCUACCUGUUCCCGCGCGUGCCCAUGCACAUCCUCGUGCCCACCCUCGACUUGUGCUGGGGCAUCUUCACCUUGCUACAGUACCGCGCCCAGAGCUACGGCGAGAUCAUGGCCUACCGCUUCCUGGUCUCCCUGUUCGAGGGCCCCUACUUCACCGGCGUACACUUCGUCCUCGGCUCCUGGUACCGCAGCGACGAGGUCGGCCGCCGCGGUGGCACCUUCUACACAGGGCUGACACUCGGCACCCUGACCGCGAGCCUGUUGCAGGCCGCCGCCACGACCUACCUCGACGGCCACAACGGCCUGCCCGGGUGGAGGUGGUUGUUCAUCAUCAACGCCAUCAUCACGUUGCCCGUUGCGCUGCUGGGCUUCUUCAUCUGGCCUGGCACGCCCGACAGGCCCAACCGGCUGGUCAUCAAGCCGCACGAGCUCGAGCUCGCGAGGGCCCGCCUAGAGCGCCACGGUUCCCGAGUAGAGAGCGCCCCUUUCACGUGGGCCUUGCUAGCCCGCAUCUUCAAGAAUUGGAAGUUCUGGGUCAUCUUGUUCUGGGACACCAUCUUCUUCAACACGAGCGCCAACUCGGCCGCGUUCCUGCUCUGGAUCAAGAGCCUCGACCGGUAUGACACCGCCGCCAUGAACAACCUCGCCGCUAUCAGCCCCGCGCUGGGCAUCUUCUUCGUCUUCUUCAUCAACUAUUCCGCCGACCUGUGGGUAUCGCGUCCCGUCGCCAUCAGUACCGCCUCGGCCUUCAACUUCACGGCGCUGGUGAUCCUGUCCGUCUGGGACGUGCCCGAGGCCGCCAAGUGGUUCGCCUUUAGCGUGACGUAUUCGUCGGUCGCCGUGUCCUCGGUCUUGUACGGUUGGGCGAAUGCGAUCCUGAGGGACAAUAUCGAGGAGAGAGCGCUGACGCUGACGCUCAUGACGGCUGUGGGCACAGCAACGAACGCGUUUGUGCCGAACCUGACGUACCCAACUGUGGAAGCUCCCAGGUACCCAAAAGGUUAUGUAUUCUCUGCUGUUAUGGUCGUGUGUCUUGUCAUCAUGACCUGGAUCAUGUCUCUACUCUUUGGGGAAAAUGGAGACAAGAGACAGAAGCAAGUGUCUGGCACAGAAGAGGUGGAAGCUCUCCCUUCAGACUCGGACCUCCACAGAAUCAACCAACAUGUUCAAGUCAAGGGCAACAGUGCUGAUAAGGUUGAGACCAUACCAGUCAAUUAA